UAACCUUUCAACCUGCAAGCCAAAAUAUACUGUUCUUUCCCUUUUUCAUUCCCCUCAUCACUUAGCUGUCCAUCUUCUUUGCAUCCUUCUGAUAUCAACUCUCCUCUUCCCCCCCUUUCCACAUCCCCUUCUCUCUGAUCGCCCAGCCAAUGGACUUAGACUACUUAAAUUCCUCCCCGGAGACCCAAAGGGAUUGGAUGAACAUGAGGAUCCAGAUGGAGAAAGUUGCUGAAUUCUUGGAGCUACCACCAUCCACCGAGUUCGGCAGUGCUGUUCCCUCUCCAGAAUUCAACAGCUCUCCAACCACCCCAACCUCUCCCAUGCUAUCUGGUCCCCAGCCGACUGUGCCUUUCGUUGGUACCACCACCACCCAAGACCAACUCGUUGCACCCAUGUUCUUCGCCUGCCCCACACUGAACACCGACAUCACAGGGCCAUUGGCCGGUGAGACCUCCCCCGGUCACAAGCCGUGCUCCGCGGCGGCGAUGAGGGACAUGAUAUUCCGGAUAGCCGCUAUGCAGCCCAUCCAUAUCGACCCGGAGUCAGUGAAGCGCCCCAGGCGGCGGAACGUUAAGAUCUCCAAGGACCCCCAGAGCGUGGCCGCACGGCUCCGGCGAGAGCGGAUUAGCGAACGGAUACGAAUACUGCAGCGGCUCGUCCCCGGUGGGACGAAGAUGGACACAGCUUCGAUGCUGGAUGAGGCAAUCCACUAUGUCAAGUUUUUGAAGACCCAGGUGCGGUCGCUGGAGCGGGCGGCUGCCAGCCAGAGCAUGGGGCUCGUCGCGCCGUCCUCGGCCGGAGGAUUCUCAUCUAGUGGAAACCACUCGAGCUUCGGAAUGGCCUAUCAGCUGCCAGAUCAAGGGUUCAUGAAGUCUAGCUAUAUGAAUUCGAACCACAUAUGUUGAGGUCGAUCAGGUCGGUUGUGAAGCAAUGCUAUUUUGAAGUGCUUCAAACUGAUAGAAACUCUUCCUUUUCUUUUGUGUUUCUGGUUCCAUGUAUAGGACUUGCGAUAAGGAUGGUUGUCUGUAUGUUGUUUAUAUAAAGUUUUAUCUCCUCUCCAAAUUCUUAACCUCUGCUACCGUAUGAAUUACCACCAUAUAUAUGUCAUAUUGCCGAG